AUGAAACUGGAAUAUAUAAAUGUUCUAAAAGAAGAAAACGGAGGAUAUAAUUUUGAAAAUCUAAGAAGAAAUGAAAUUUUAAAAGAAAAAGGAAUAACAUUUCCCCAGUUUCGUAAAACAGGAACAACUAUAUGUGGACUUAUUUGUCAAAAUGCAGUUAUUUUGGGAGCUGAUACAAGAGCAACAGAAGGACCGAUAGUUGCUGAUAAAAAUUGUAGUAAAUUACAUUUUAUAAGUAAAAAUAUCUACUGCGCAGGUGCAGGUGUAGCUGGUGAUUUAGAACAUACUACUUUAUGGUUACAACAUAAUGUUGAAUUGCAUCGUUUAAAUACCAACUCACAACCAAGAGUAGCCAUGUGUGUAUCAAGGUUAACUCAAGAAUUAUUUAAAUAUCAAGGAUACAAAGUAUGUGCAAUAGUAUUAGGUGGAGUUGAUGUUACUGGACCACAAUUAUAUGGUAUACAUCCUCACGGAUCUUCAUGUUUAUUACCUUUUACUGCCUUAGGAUCAGGAUCUCUAAGUGCUAUGGCUGUGUUAGAAGCAAAGUAUAGGGAUAAUAUGACCAUAGAUGAAGGAAAAGAACUUGUGUGUGAAGCUAUAUGUGCAGGUAUAUUUAAUGAUUUAGGUUCUGGUGGAAAUGUAGACAUAUGUAUAAUAACAAAAGAUGGUUCGCAACAUUUGAGAUCAUAUAAGCAACCAAAUGUUCGAUUAUAUCAUUUACCUCAUCCAACCAUUUACCCAAAAGGAACUACACCUGUUUUGUGUGAAAAAAUUGAAAAUAUAAAAAAAUACAUUACUGUGGAAGACUCGUAG